AUGGCACUGUCCAGGGGAUUCCGGCAACGAGGAGUAGGCGACGCUGGAGUGGGCUGGGGAGAGACGGCGGAAGUGAGUGGCUCUGUGGGCGCUCUGGGGGAGUGCGUAAUGACCCCCAGCACGUUCCCCCGACUCAAAGCCUCCCAGAAUCCCGCUCUCCUCUCACAUAUCAUCCAGCUCCCCCGCAUUAGCAGCCCGUAUAUCGCGCUGCUACGACGGAAAGCUGGGACUACGUCGUCAUGGAUGGACAACGACGGGAGCGAGUCGUCUGCUCGUGAGGCUUUCGCGCCGCGGUCAACGCAUCCCCAGCGUCUAAUCUCACUCCCUCAUCGCACAAUGCGUCUCCAACGCCAUUUCCCCAGUCAUAUCGAAAGAUCGCCAUUGUCUUCCUCGGCACGCACACCCGAAUACAGCCUAUGGCCAUCCAUUCUCUCCCAACCCGCUUCCACGACCUCUGUGGCUAUAUCCGCUUUUAGCGUCCAGACAUGCGACCCGCGCACUAUCGCGACCAUCCCAUUUUCUCGCCCAGCUGGUUCCCCCAAUUAUCCCCGCACUUAUACACUCAAACAACAAGCUCCCAACAGAGGGUUAACCGCACCUCCAUCGUGCGCUCGUACGCCGCAGCCAAAUCUCGGCUUCGUUAUCGACGACGACAUUCCUCUCUUCGUCACCUUUUUGACGCCUACCGUGCUUGACUCUGGCCCCUGGCGACGGUCAACCCAUGAUCGACGAAACUAG